CAGACCAAGCAACUGCGUCACCAACACACAAUACCUGACCGGACAGCCAUUGAUGAAGAUAUAUGAAUGCUCCUCCGCCCUAUUCUUUAUUUUAAUUUAUUGGUUCUGUUUUUCUUCAUCUGUUUCGUUUUCAUAACUACUGGUACUGGGUUGAAUUCAAAUUCAUAUAAGCAUUUCAUAAAACCGGAUUGCAGUCAAAUAAAGGAGGAUUUGUUGUACUCUUCUAAUGACGGAGAUAUGCUGCGGAAUGAUGAGUGAGAACGACGCUUCAGCACCUCGUGAGCCGACCUCAAGAGCGGCGAGGCGACGGAGAAUGGAGAUCAGACGGCUCAAAUUCGUUUCUGGAUUGCCUCUGCCGGAACCGGAAGAUUCCCAACAAAAACGGAAGAAACAAGAGGCUUCAUUGUCCCGCGAAUGUGACAACGCUGUAGCGAACAAUGCCUCAGAGGAAGAAGAGGUUCUGGUCAAGACGGAAAAUAGAAAGUCCAGUAGUUCAAAAAUCUCUGUUCUAGGCGUCUCUUUGUUGCCUACGGUUUCAUCCUCAUCACGGGUGGACGAUCCAGAGUUUAACCCCAGAUACGGCGUCGCAUCAGUAUGUGGGCGGCGUAGAGAUAUGGAGGAUCUGGUGGCUAUCCAUCCUUCUUUGUGUCGCGCAGACCGCGAAACCGGCACAGAAUACCACUAUUUUGGCGUUUACGACGGCCACGGCUGCUCUCAUGUCGCGGCGAGGUGUAAAGAGCGGUUGCAUGAGCUGGUGAAGGAGGAGGUGGAGACUAAAGGACACAUGUCACCGAAAGAGUGGGAAAGUGCAAUGGAGCUAAGCUUCAGGCGCAUGGACAAAGAGGCAGUUGCUGGGGAUUCAAACGUUGUUGGUGCGAAUUGCAGGUGCGAGCUUCAAACGCCAAUGUGUGAUGCGGUAGGAUCCACCGCUGUUGUCUCAAUUGUGACUCCUGAAAAGAUAAUUGUUGCCAACUGCGGUGAUUCUAGGGCCGUCUUGUGUCGCAAUGGCAAGCCCGUCCCCCUCUCGUCAGAUCACAAGCCGGAUCGCCCGGACGAGCUCGACCGGAUCCAAGCUGCGGGUGGUCGGGUCAUAUACUGGGACGGCGCGCGUGUUCUCGGUGUACUUGCCAUGUCCAGAGCCAUAGGUGAUAACUACUUGAAACCCUAUGUGAGUUGUGAGCCGGAGGUGACGAUGACAGAUCGGAAGGCGGAGGACGACUGCCUGAUACUUGCGAGUGACGGGCUUUGGGACGUUGUAUCUAAUGAGAUGGCUUGUGGGGUGGUGAGUAUGUGCCUUCGUGCAAAAAACUGUGCAUCCCCUUGCUCGGCGUCGGGGAGUGGUGAUAGUGGAGAGGUGGUGGUGGAUGGAAAGGUUUCGGACAAGGCAUGCGCGGAUGCUUCGAUGUUGUUGACGAAGCUGGCGCUCGCCAGGCACAGCACUGACAACGUCAGCGUUGUGGUGGUGGAUCUCAGGAGGGACCGACGCCUGGGCUCUUGACGUUCUCUUUUUGGUUUAUUGUGUAUGAUAAUUACAUUGUAAUGGCUUAAAACUGAGAAAGAUGGGGCCUUCACGGAAUUAAAAACGGGCUUUCUCCGAGGAAAUAUGAAAUCAGGAAGUAUUUGUUUAUUUGAA